AUGGCCACCGUAGAAGCAGGCAAGGCGACUGCCGUACCUGACACAGAGCGUGACCCCGACUAUGGUCAAGGCAAAGAGAUGGAUCAAGAGAAAACGGACCGAAUCGUCAAAGACGACAAGGUCGAGCUUCAAGACAGUGAUGCUUGGGACAAGCUUGGGUACUCUUUUCCAACUUGGCGCAAAUGGCAGAUCCUCAUCGUAGUCUUCUUCAUCCAAAUCAGUAUCAACACGAAUGCCUCCAUGUACUCGCAUGCCGUCAGCGCUGUAUCUGAACACCAUGGCGUCAGCGAGCAAGCAGCCCGCGUCCCACAGGCAGCUUUCUUAAUCGCCUACGGUAUUGGAUGCGAACUUUGGGCUCCUUGGUCAGAAGAGUAUGGCAGAUGGCCCAUCCAACAACUCAGCUUGUUCCUUGUCAAUCUCUGGCAGAUUCCAUGCGCCUUGUCGAAGAACUAUGCUACAUAUGUGGUUUGUCGAACGCUUGGAGGUCUAUCGACCGCCGGCGGCUCAGUCACACUUGGCGUACUGGCCGAUAUGUGGGAGCCAGAUGAGCAAGAGUUUGCGGUUGCAUUCCUAGUUCUAUCGUCCGUUGGUGGAUCUGUCGUCGGUGCAAUCAUUGGAGCCUUCGUAGAAGAAUAUAAAUCGGUCGAGUGGAUAUUCUGGGUUCAGCUCAUCAUUGGAGGCUUCGUACAGGCUGUCCACUUUCUCUGCAACCCGGAAACUCGCUCGACGAUCCUGCUGGACCGUGAGGCCAAGAGGCGACGUAAGACGGGUGAAGAUGCGAAUAUUUAUGGUCCAAAUGAGAUCCGAGGCGGUCACAAGAUGAGCUUCAAGGAGGUCGGCACUAUCUUCUGGAGACCGUUCUACAUGUUCUUCACUGAACCGAUCGUCUUAUGGCUAUCCCUCCUCAGCGGUUUUAGUGAUGCCUUGAUAUUCACAUUCCUAGAGUCUUUUGGGCCCGUCUACGAACAGUGGGGCUUUGGUACCGUCGGCGCCGGCCUUGCCUUCAUACCCAUCUUGCUCAGCUACUUCCUGGCUUACGCUUCGUACAUGCCAUCGAUAAUCAAGUUCCGAAAGAAGCGCCGGGUAAAUCCAGAUUCUGUUGCACCCGAAGCCCGACUUUGGUGGUUGUUGUUCCUUGCACCACUGGAAACUUUGGGCUUGUUUGGGUUCGCCUGGACGUCACUUGGACCGGAUUAUGGCAUUCCUUGGAUCGCGCCUAUGAUCUUCUCGGCGAUGGUCGGCAUGGCAAAUUAUGCAAUCUAUCAAUCUUCAAUCGACUACCAGACCGCUGCAUAUGGUCCAUACGCUUCCUCGGCAACUGGUGGUAACGAUCUUGCUCGUGACGCUCUCGCUGGUAUCGCUUCACUUUACUCCACACCUUUAUACAAGAACAUUCCGGGGCGACCCUUGCAAUAUGCUUCAACGAUCCUCGCCUGCCUUGCUUUCGUGGUCACAAUACCAAUUUAUAUUGUGUAUUGGAAAGGUCCGGAGAUUAGAGCUAAAUCGAAGUUUGCGCAAAGUCUCGACCAAAGCAGGCAUCAAAGAGACGAGAAGAGGAGGAAGAGUAGCCUUGCAGGCAUCGAAGGACCGUUGGGGGAGAAAGAGAAAAAGGUUCAUCGAGAAGCUGUAGCCAUGACGAAAGCGCGCUAUGACUUCAAGACGCGCCCGGUCGCGCACCCGGACGCCAUUGUCGCGGGCGACAAGUACCGCUUUACCAUCCUCACCGACGGUCUGCUGCGCUUCGAGUGGGCCGAAGACGGGCGAUUCGAAGACCGCGCGAGCACCUUCGCCAUUAACCGCAAACUAGCCGUGCCUGACUUCUACGUCUGGGAUCGUGGCCACGGCAUCGAGAUCGUAACCAAGCGCUUCCACGUUGUAUACGACAAGAAGAAGUUCAGCGCCGACGGUUUCAAGAUCCAUCUCAAGGGCAACGUGACGGGCACAUGGACAUAUGGGCAGCCACUCUCCAAUCUGGGCGGCACAAACCGCACACUAGACGGUGUAGAUGGCAGGACCAACCUGGGCCCUGGUGUGCUGUCCAGAGAGGGCAUGGCCCUUCUGGACGACACCAAGUCCAUGCUUUUCCAAGACAACGGGUGGAUUGCAGGACGCACGAGUGGCGAUAGGACAGACCAAUACAUCUUCAUGUAUGGCCGCGACUACCGGGAAGCCAUGCGCGCCUUCUACGCUGUGUCAGGAAGCCAGCCUCUCCUGCCACGAUACGCCAUGGGCAACUGGUGGAGUCGAUACCACGCCUACGACGAGAAGGAAUAUCUUGACUUGCACGAUCACUUCGACAAAGACGACGUGCCCAUGAACGUGGCGGUUGUGGAUAUGGACUGGCAUCUGGUAUGGGACUUGCCUGGCGGCGUCAAUGGCUGGACUGGAUACACAUGGAACAAGAAGCUCUUCCCCGAUCCCGACGCUUUCAUGAAGAAGCUGCACGAUCGCGGCAUGAAAUUGACGCUCAAUCUGCAUCCAGCAGACGGCUUCCGGCCGCACGAGGAACAAUACCCCGAAGUUGCCAAAUACCUUGGCAUCGACCCACAGUCUAAGCAGACGAUCCCUUUCGACUGCACAGACAAGAAGUUUAUGGACGCAUACUUCGACAUCGUACACCACGAGCAUGAAGAGCGAGGCGUAGAUUUCUGGUGGGUGGACUGGCAACAAGGCAACACAUCCAAGAUCCCCGGAGUCGACCCUCUCUGGGUGCUCAACCACUUUCACUUCCUCGAUAGUGGUCGUGGUUCUCAGCGCCCUCUGAUUCUCUCCCGGUUUGGCGGCCCAGGAGCCCAGCGCUACCAGAUCGGCUUUUCCGGUGAUGCUAUCAUCACCUGGGACAGUCUACACUUUCAGCCUGAGUUUACAGCAACUGCGUCGAACAUUGGGUAUGGUUGGUGGAGCAACGACAUUGGUGGCCAUACACACGGCUACAAGAAUGACGAACUCUACACACGAUGGGUACAACUAGGUUGCUGGUCCCCCAUCUUGCGCCUACAUUCAGACAACAAUCCUUUCAACACGCGCGAGCCUUGGCGCUUCAACCAAGAGGCACGCGUCAUCGUAGAAGACACCCUACGUUUCCGCCACCGCCUCAUCCCAUACCUGUACACGAUGAACGCGAGGAGUGCCUCUGACGACGAGCCACUUAUUCAGCCCAUGUACUGGGACCAUCCCGAGGCUGACGAGGCUUACAACGUGCCCAAUCAGUUCCGCUUUGGCUCUGAGAUGAUUGUUGCCCCCAUCACCCAGCCACGCGACCAGACUACGCAUCUUGGUGCAGAGAAGCUCUGGCUCCCAGAAGGCCGUUACGUCGACAUUUUUACUGGCAUUGUAUACAACCGUGCCGGCGAACUCACCGUCCACCGUCCCCUAAACUUCGUUCCCGUGCUCGCAAAAGAAGGGUCCAUAAUCCCCCUCGACGCAGCCUACCGACCCAAAUCUGGCUCUCCUAACCCAGAAGGUCUGGAAAUCCUCCUUGCUGUAGGCGCAGACGGGUCUUUCACGCUCAUCGAAGACGAUGGCACAGGGCAUCUUGUUGACGACGGCGGCUUUUCAAUCAUCGACGACGAAGGCCAAGAAUCAGCCGAUGAUACUGUGCGCUUCGCACAUACACCCAUUACCUACAAGCAAUCUACUGGCGUCAUCAAUAUUGGCCCCACCACACCUGAAAACCACGCCAUUCCCAAGAACCGGUCUUGGAAGAUCCGCUUACUGGCUCAUACACCCAAGAAGGGUGCAGAGAUACGCUGCGUCACAACCUCUCCUACUACCAAGAAGCACGCAAAGGUCCUUUCGCACAAGGUUACCCAGGAAAGUAAUGGUACACUCAUCACGCUGGAUGCUGUGCCCACUUCGCAUACCAUCCAUAUCGAACUCAUGUCUUCUUCAUCUCGUUCCUCAGCUUCUUCGUCGGGUCCACAACUUGAUGUUAUCGAUCCGAAUCCCAAACUCUGGGACAUCAUUGACAAGGCGUGGGUUGAAAUGGAUAAGAAGUGGGAUUACUGGAAUUGCGUCAAUAACGGAGAGCCGGUCUUGAACAAGGUCAGGGCGCUGCAAGGGAGAGGCAUGCACAGAGGGUUGCUGGAUGCGAUGCUGGAGUUGUUGCUGGCGGACGGGAGGUAUGCUGGAGAAGAGAUGGACGAAUGGUGA